AUGAAGUUCCUGUUAGCAUUGCUCCUUUUAGGAGUUUCUUCUGCUUUUGCCCAAACUUGUAAUACUGGUGGAAUCUACAAUUCACACUUCAAUAGAUGUUAUCAAUAUUUCACAGCUCCUUCACAAUAUUUGAUUGCGGAAGAGCAAUGUACUAAUUUGGGAGGACAUUUGGCAUCAAUCCAAAAUGGACAAGAAAACAUUUUGGUCCAAAGCAACGGAGCUCUUGCAUUCGGAAAAUCAAAUUACACCGAUUUCUGGAUUGGAGCUAAUGAUUUGGAAACAAGUGGAAAAUGGGCAUGGACUGAUGGAACAACUUUCAGCUAUACAUCUUGGGGAACUGGUCAACCACAAACUGGUGCUGAUUGUGUAAGUCAAGAUAAAUCCGAUGGAACAUGGUCGACUAUUGGAUGCACAUCAUAUCGUCCAUUUGUAUGUGUCACUCCACCAAUCAACCCAGUAACUUGUCCACCAGUCACUACACCAAUUCGUAAGUCAUACUGGAAUAAACUUUGAUUUGAGUUCACCUAGAAAGUUUUCAGCAGCAACCUGUCCGGCUCCAACUCCAUGCCCACCAAAAGUGUGUGCACCAGCUUGCGAUCAAGGAUGGACUUAUUUGCAAACCACCGAUAGUUGCUACCACGUUUAUCAUAAUUUGAAAUGGCAAGAUGCUGAAGCCGCUUGUGUUCUUCUUGACGCUCAUUUGGCUUCAAUUCACUCUUUGAUCGAGAACACACUUGUUAACAGUAAGUGGUCUGAUUUGAUAGCAUAGUUAAUUGUACAAAAAUGUCAUCACAUUCAUAUAGUUAAUAUGAUAAGAGUUCAAAACUAAAUAAAAACAAUUUGCAGAUCUUGCUGCUUGUGGAGUUAAAGAAGGAAAUCCAAAAGAUCUUGCAUGGAUUGGUCUUCAUCAAACCAACGGAAAAGAUUGGGUUUGGACUGAUGGAACACCAACUGAUUAUUUGAACUGGGCACCAAAACAACCAGAUAAUCCGGGAAAAGAAUUGUGUGUUGAAACUGCUCCAGAUCUCUCUCAUGAUAAAUGGUACGAGAAUUGGAACAAUGAAGCCUGCAACACUGUGAUGCGAGCAUAUGUCUGUAAAAAACCAGCAUAUCAUUAA